UUGAUACAUAAAACCGGCAGAGCACUCCUGUCAUUAUUGACGAUCUUUGACUGGCAUUUUUGAAUCACUCUAUGGUACUCUAUGGCCUCCAACAGCAACAGAGUAUACCUGUCCUAUAGAUGAUCUUUGACGACAAAAACAGCCUCGUGCACCUACGGUAGGAACUUUAAGUGGCGUUUUUUUUUUUGCAUCAUUUAUCCACUCCUGUCAUAUUCACGAUCUUUGACGAGCACUUUUGAAGUAUGCCCUUUAAUAACAUCCGAGUAUUUCUACGAAAGAGAAUAUAUUUUACUACAAAAACAACAUCGUUUGGUAGGAUCUUUGACUGGCCUUUUUUGCAGUACAGUUGAACAUAAAAUGUUUACAUCAAUCCUGUCAUACGGAGGAUCUUUGGCGUUUUUGAAGUACUGCAGGUCCUUCAAAAACAGCAGAGAGCUCGUUUAAUAAAGAGGAUGUGUGCCUCGCGUAUUUGAAGUAGGUCACAUAAAGUAUCUUGUAAAUGUACAUAAGUACACGGAGAUUGAUAGAAAGGCCUAGAUAGAUAGAUAGAUGAUGUAUAAUCCAUCAGAUUUUUCAGUCGAUCACAAGUGUUGUUUACCUGGAUCUUUUCGAUGUAUGAGGAGGGGACAUAACCGGUCUCACCGGAGCUGCACCGGGAUCCCAGCCACCAGUGUUUGUUGCUCCUCUCCAGGAUUAGGAAGCUUUCCCCGGCAGAGAAGUGCAGCGAGUUGGGCUCAGCGGAUCGAAAGGCGUACAGAGACCGGUACAUGCUGUCGGUUAACACUAUAGACGUUCUGAAGCGGAAUCGAACAGAAAAUCCUCGUAGGGUGAUAAGGAGUCCCCGAGAAGGGAUAAGUGACCUUUUUGGUUGUUUUUAAAGACGUUAUGAAGGCAUGGCCCCUGCUGUCUAUUUACAAUGCAGAGCUCUUUCGGUCACAUGACCUGUACUUGUUCUUACCAUUUACUUCCGCAUGGGGCGCUCUUGUUUACUAGACACGCCCCAAGGCUUACUAAUCAAAAGCAGAGCUAUACGUCGUUUUCAAAUUUUGCUAAUUUUUUGCUAAUUUUGCUAAGCAGUGGUCUAAUUCAACACCGAAAAACAUAUAAUAUGAUAGUUGAUAAAUAGUGUAAUUUAAAUCAUACGUUUAGUGGAUAUAAGGUAUGUCAACAACACUUCAUGAAUUGUUAAGUCUGAAUCGAUUGAUUUUUCCUUACACAACACCGGCUGGUGUCACACAGAAUGUGGUCCCCCUGCUUUCUGUCAACAUGGCCGCUUUGGUUUGUACCAGAGUCCUCCUUCAGAAACCAUGGCAGAGGUUAAUCCUCUCUCACAGAAAGGCACCGACUCUUUACAGUCCAUUUUUGUCCCGGGGUCAUCGUUUGGGCCCGAGUGAUGAUGAGAUAUACCAGCGUACAUCAGUGUCAAUCAUGAAGAAGGAAUCCGGCAGCGGCAUCAUGAUCCUCAGCUACAGUCCUCAAGGAUUCAACAUUGAUGGCAACAAAGUGCUUGGCCCCUGUGCAGUGCUACCCCCAGCGAUCCUGCAAUGGAAGGUCGGGAGCUUUAAAGACAUCACGGAAGAAAGUGUGUCACUUUUCCACAUGCUUGUACCCAAAAUAGAGAUUCUGGUGCUGGGCACGGGGGCACGCCUUGAACGUAUUCAUCCUUCAGUUCUGGCGCUUCUGAAGAGCAAACGCAUCGCCGUGGAGGUGCAAGACACGCCAAACGCAUGUGCCACAUUCAACUUCCUGAUGAGCGAGGGUCGAGUAGCGGCCGCUGGCCUGAUCCCUCCAUCCGUCAGCACUGCGUUGAAGAUAAUGGGCGAGGAGUCGGCAACGUGAACCACAAACGAGGACUGUUUGCAUCAACGAGGGAGCGAGACCGUCAUGAAUUAUAUUCAGUCUGUGAGAUUUAUCUCUCACUGGAAUCCUAAACGACAACCGUCCACUCGGAUAUACAUAAAGUUUUUUAUAACCCUACUGAAAUAGACAUAACAAGCAAAGACGCCAGUCUUCCUGUAAAUAAACCAAGUAUUAUAUGGCUAAAUUAUACAUUUCAGUUAUUUAUGUGUGCUGAUUAUUAUUUAUGUUGUGUUUUAGAGGUUAAGAUAAGAGACCAAAAUGAGAAUGGACUUAAUUUUACCACUACAUAAAAUAAGAAAGCUGUUCAGCAGGCUUAAAAGGCUUCUGCAUGUAAUAAAAAAAGGGUGCACUACACCUUUCUGCCGCA